UCGAGACUAAUAGUCGCGAAACGGUGAAUGUGUAGUGAACCACCUAGCCUUCACGCUUCUCGCGAAACAAUUGACAACAAUAAUAAUAAAAAACAGCGAUAAUAAUAAUAAAAAAAAAAUAAUAAUAAAGAAACAACAAAACGUUCAUUUUUCCUUCGAAAAGAAUCACCAACGAAAAGUGACGAGAUCAUCAGUGAUAACGUUGGAUGAUAUCACGAGACGAUAAAUCGUUUUCAAUCGAGCUUUUUUCCCCCGUGACUGAGGACACAAAAUCGAAACAUCGGGAAAAGGAAAAAACAUACCAACCGAGAGACUUUCAAACAGUCGACGAUAAAAAGAGGGAAUGACGGGAAGGUCGAGCGCGAAACAGAGGACGGCCCUGUGUCUGUUGACACUGUUGUUGUUGUUGUUCUUGCGCCUCUCAGCAUCGUCCGUCGUCGGGGAACCAAUCCCGUCCGAGUUCUACGGCAAAACCUCGGACAACGAUUUCAUAUUGCUCAACAAGCUGAAGGAGUUGUUCGAGGAGAAACAGUACGUCGCGGAACGGGAGAAAGAGUUGGACAAGGAACGUAUGAAGAUCCAGUCGAUAAUAAUGGAGGGAAAGGAAUCGGAGACACAAUCGGAUUCGGAAUACUACGCUGAGAAAUUACCGACACCGAAUGCCGUGGUUAGACAAGAGCCGCAGCAUUCCGGCAAGCGUACCAUGAUCAGCUAUAUGACGUUGUGCCACUUCAAGAUAUGCAACAUGGGGCGCAAGCGGCAAUUUCACAAGUAAAAAAAACAAGAUAAACGAAAUGGUUGGCGGAUGAUGGGCCAUGGGAUCGAGAAUGGUCGAGCCUCUUGCGCGGUGCACCCUUUGCCUCGAACGAGACACGCGAAAACAGAGGGAACGGAGGAAUUUCCCAUUCCUCGAAUGGAAUUCAUUGGCUUUCCAAAAUUCUCCAUUCGAUCAAAAAAAAAAAAAAAAAAAGAAAAAGAAAAAAAUCCGGCUCCGAUUCGGCGCCUUCCACACUCUUUC